CUCCGGUCCGGGUUUUAGAGGCGGGCAGCUGGGGGGGAGGAGAUGCUGCCGGAGCUCGGCUCGCUCUUGCCAUGCUGAGCCACACACACUCAGGCUUCUGCAGUCGAGCAGCUCCCCAUAUCCGGGUUAGAGAGAAACGGGAGAAGGAAAAGUUUCAUUUAAAGCUGGACGCAGGAAAAACUUUCAGCAUGGACCCCCAGUGAGAGGCCAGCAGCCGCAGCAGCCGCAGCAGCCGCUCUGGAGCCCCCCUGCAUCUGUCCGGGAUAUUAGAGGAGACUGAGGAGACAGACGGUCUGAUUGCAUUGGCUUUGUUCAGUUGUCUCUUCUUCUUGUUCUUGUUCUUUUUCUUUUUUUUUCUUCUUUUAUCUCCUCUUCUCCUCUUUGAUUUUCUGAACGCUGUAUAUUCCUAUCUUCCAUAUUCCUGCCCGAGAUGUUGGAGUGACCAUGGCCGCGCAAGUGGCAUCAGCCCCGGCUGCGUCUGGCAGCAAGAACAAGGGUCUGUCCGGGGGUUUGGGGCAGGACCUAAACUCUGGGAAAAAGGGAGUAGUAGUGGGAGGAGGAGGUGGAGGAGGACCAAGCCAGGGAUCAGUAGAGGUGAGGAAUAAUGUAGAUCACCCUCAUCCUGAUGAGCUGAGCCUGGCACGCCAACGUGCUUGUGCCCCUGCCAAUGGAUCCCAGCAGCAGCAUCAGCAUCAGCAACAUCAGCAUCAGCAACAUCAGCAUCAGCAGCAGCAGAGUGGGAAUACCAGGACAACAAGUUCAGGGUCCACCACCUCAGUGCCAUCCACCUCUCCAACCAUGGACACUGGCUUGGUGGCCAACCAUAAGAUGAGGGGCACUGGUGGUGGAGAUGUGGUUCCUCUUCACCCAACGCACCAUCCUGCACCUCACCAUCCAGCACCUCACCACUUCAACCAGCUCCAACAGCAGCAGCUCAACAAUCAGAGGAGCAACAACAACAGCAACAACCACCACCACAACCCCAACCAACAUCAACACCCAGCCAACCAACACCACCACCUCCAGGGUCAAGGGGAGUGUGAGGGUCAGCAGCAGCGCCCAGGGAAGGAGCCAGCCAUGGGUGGGCAGUCAACACAACAUGAGCUGGUGUGGAGUAACAAGAGUGGGGAGGAGAUGCCAACCCGCAGGGAGUCAAUGGGCGCCAGGUACGAACAGCAGGGCAACCACAGUGGUGGUGGGCACAGCCACAGCCAGGGAACUGGAGGAAAAGGCUCCGGUUCAGGCUCCGGCUCAGGCUCUGGCUCAAGCUCUGGCUCAGACUUUGGUGGUUACUUCAGUGGGAAUUCAAGAACUGGCCCUUGCUUUGAUCAGCAUGGUGCUCAGCAAGGCUUUGGCACCAGUCUGAUGUAUCCCACGGCUGAUCAUGUGUCUGAGCCUGGUCCCAACUCCCACGAGGCAUACCAGGGUGGUCAGUACACCCCCUAUCCAGGCUACCGGCCAGGCUACGGCAUGCUGGGCCAAGGCACCGGUGGCUCGUCCUCCACUCACCCCAAAUCCACCAUGCCCUCCUGUGGCAGUGGUGUAGGAAGCUUCCAGAGGUUCACAGGACAGAACCAGCAUCCUCCAGGAGCGACGCCCACCCUGAACCAGCUGCUCACCUCUCCGGGGCCGGUGAGGCGCAGCUACGGCGGAGGAUAUUACGACUACAGCACUAAAGAUUUAACUUCUCAGUUUGGGGGCCCGGGUCACGGCUGGGGGGGACACACAGCUCACCCUGGAGGGGGCGCAGGGAGCGGGGCACAAAGCGUGAGCCGGAAUCAGGUUGGCUCCAUGGACUUCAUGGCGAUGAAGCGCUCUCAGCUGUAUGGAAUGGGCAGUAGCCCAUACUCACAGCAGCAGCAGGGUGUACCCUACCCCAGCCAGCCGUACGGCUCUCCUUCUCCACACAGAUACCCAAUGGGAAUGCAGGGGCGGGGUCAGCUCGGCAUGAGUGGGAUGCCAUACCCUCAACAGCAGGUACCUCCUCACUUCGGUCAGCAGGGUAUGGGAGGGUACUGUCCGCAGGGUCAGCCAUAUUUCAGCCAGACCCAGCAGCAGCAGCAACAGCAGCAGCAGCAGCCUGUGACCCCCACACAGCCCCCCUACACACAGCCCCGCACCGCUCCUCAGCAGGAGGCCCAGGAGAACUAUGGGAACAGGAGUCAUCCCUCUGGGAAUUCUGCAAAAUCCAACCAUGAUGAAAUGGCCCUCUUCCAGCAGGACCGCCCCUCCAGCUUACCGGACCUGUCCGGCUCCAUUGAUGACCUGCCCACGGGGACAGAGGCUGCUCUCAGCUCAGCGGUCAGUGCCUCCGGCUCCAGCAGCAGUCAAGGAGAGCAGAGUAACCAGGCCCAGUCUCCAUUUUCCCCCCACACCUCACCCCGCCUCUCCAGCAUGCGCAGCGGCCCGUCGCCCUCACCCGCCGCCUCACCUGCGGGGUCUGGACAGUCUCGAUCCGGCCCCAUAUCUCCUGCCAGUGGCCCAGGCUCCCAGCUAGCCCCCCAGACCCCAGGGAACAUGACAGACUCCCACUCCACCAUCAACCAGACUCCUCUGUCUCAGGAGAGAGGGUUCCUGACCAACAUGCAGAGGAGCCAGAACCAGUACGGUCCUCAGUCGGGUCCACACGUGUCCCCACACCUUUCGACAGGCAGUCAAAUACAGCAUGGCAGCGUGAGUGGCUUUCCACAGCAGAGCAACUCCACUGGCUCCUAUGGAUCCACGAGUGGGCAGUAUGGACCUCAAGGGAACUACCCAAGACUUCCUGCCUAUGGUGGAAUGGCCAACACAAACUGUACUGGUCCUGGACCUGCUAUGACCAACAGCCUGGGGAUGAACUCCAGCAGCCCCAUGCAUGGACAGGGUCCAGUUCAGCCCAUGUCCAUGGGCCGGAGCCCAGGGGCCGGCAAUCGCCUUUACCCAGGAACUGGAAACAACAUGGCGCCCACUUCUCCCAGCAUGCCGCAGUCCGCCGGGCCGGGGAUGGGACCUCCUGUAGGAAACGUCAACCGGAAAGCUCAAGACGGCGCAGCGUCUGCAGCGAUGCAGAUGGCGGGCAGCUCUGCACAGGGCAGGCAGGGUGCUUAUUCUGGGAUGCUGGGUCCUGGCUCUGGCUCUUCGUACAGUCAAUCAGGGAGUAAUGCUACAGAGAUGUCGCCACACGGCUCCACCUCCAAAUCACCUCCCUCAGGACCUAUGGGUGAAAGUGGAGAGGUCUUAUUGGUUGCUGAGUCCAAGCAGAAGUCCAUCAGUAAAGAAGAAGGCAUCGCCCCUGCUGACCCCAGCAAAGCAAAGGACGGUUAUAACUCUCAGUGUGCGUCCCAGCCCCCCACCCCCUCUCCGCUGUCCCCGAGCCCGGCCAGCCUGUCCUCCUACCACGGGGAUGACAGUGACAGCAUCAGCAGUCCAGCCUGGCCCAAAACUCCCUCCAGUCCUAAGCCUGGUUCUGCCACACUGACCAAUGAGAAGGUCUUGCGACUGUAUGAGAUGGGAGGAGAGCCGGAGAGGAAGAGCUGGGUGGACCGUUACCUGUCCUUUAUGGAGGAGAGAGGCACACCUGUACCUCACCUGCCAGCUGUGGGCAAGAAAGCCCUGGACCUCUGCAAGCUGUACAUGACUGUCAAAGACAUGGGCGGCUUGGCUAUGGUCAAUAAGAAUAAGAAAUGGCGUGAGCUGUCCUCCACACUGAGCAUGGGCACCUCCAGCACCUCCGCCAGCUCUCUGAAGAAGCACUACAUCCAGUACCUGUUUGCCUACGAGUGCAAAGUAGAGAGAGGAGAAGAACCUCCACCCGACCCAAAUACAGACAACAAGAAACAAGCCAAGAUCCAGCCUCCAUCACCCGCUAACUCCGGAUCUCUGCAGGGUCCUCAGACGCCUCAGUCUACAGGCAGCAGCUCCAUGCCUGAAAUGCCCAAUGAGCUUAAACCCCCCACUCCGGCCACCACGCCACAGGGACAGGUCAACAGCAUGCUGAACAACAGGAAUAAUUCUAUAAGUAUUCAGGACCCCUUUGCAGACGGUAGUGACCCUGCCUUUCAGAAAAGAAACGUACUGAGCUCUGGAGGCCCUUACCAAGCAGGCAUGAACAUGGAGCCCAUGAUGAGGCUGCAGUUUGAGAAUAAGGACCACUAUGCUGGAAUGAGAAAAGCUGCAGGUGGAGAACCAUGCAUGCCGGGUCAGAUGCCCCCUGCUGGCAUGCAGGAUAUCUAUGGCCGGAGUUCCUCCAGUGGAGCCAUGGCUGGGCUGGGUAUGGGCCAGCGUUCCCAGUACCCUUAUGGACCUGGAUAUGACCGAAGAUCAGACCAUAUAAUGGGAAUGGAAAGUAGCAUGGGUCCUCCUGGUAAUCAAGGCAACAUGGGCCAUGCCAACAAUGAUGGCAGCAUGUAUUGUCCCAAUAGAUACCCAAAUCAACAAAGACAUGAUGGCUAUGGACAGCAGUACCCUAUGCCAUAUGGUGUUCACCCUCCAGGAAUGUACCCUCAACAACAGGGCUACAAGCGUCCACUUGAUGGGAUGUACAGUCCCCCUGCAAAGAGGCAUGAAGGGGAGGUGUAUGGGAUGCAGUAUGGAGGCCCACAGCCAGACAUGUACGGGCAGUAUGGAGGUAAUUACCCAGAUCGUCGACCAAUGCAGGCUCAGUUCCCUUACCCCUACAGCCGAGACCGUCUGCAGAACGCCACCCAGGGCCCUCAGCAGCAUCCAGUACAGCACAGCAUGAUGAGCGGGCCCCAUUCAUCAUCCACGAGUGAUGGGUCAGCACACAACAUGUGGCCCUCAAGGACAGAAAUGCCCUAUCCUUACCAUAACAGACAUGGAACAUCUAGCCAAGGCUCUCCAUAUCCAGGUAUGGGGAGGGUUGAUGAUUUGGAUGGACUCAGAGUGGACAACCAGUGGCCUGGGCAUCAGCGCCAAUCACCCUACAUGCCCAGCCAUUCUAACUCCAUGCCCCCACUGAGUUCACGACAGCCCCAGUCUUCCUACCAGACCUCUAACCACAUCUCCCGGGACCCGAGCCCAGGCUCUUUCCAGCGCUCCAUAGACGCCCACAUGUCACCUAAUAAGGCUGCCUUUAUGCAGUCUAUGAAGAUGCACAAGCCAGGUAUGCCAAUGCCAGGUGGGUCAGGCAGUAGUGGACUCCCAGGCCAGAUGCCACCCAACCUGAGGAGAGACCUCAACUAUCCACUGGGGUCUGUGGAGGGCACCCAGCCUCACCUGAAACCCCGACGCAAGAUGACCUCAAAAGACACUGGUACCCUAGAGGUCUGGCGAGUGAUGAUGUCACUCAAGUCUGGUCUGCUGGCUGAGAGCACAUGGGCUCUGGACACCAUCAACAUCCUCCUGUAUGAUGACAGCACUGUAGCAUCCUUCAACCUGGCUCAGUUGCCUGGACUCCUCGAGCUCAUUGUCGAACAUUUAAGAAGAUGUCUGAUUGAGAUUUUUGGGAUCCUGGAGGAAUACGAGGUGGGAACCCUCGACCAGAAAUCUUUGCUUUGUCCAGCAGAGGAUCAGAGAGACUCAGACCCACUCUCUCCCAAGAGCCCCUGUGAACCUGAGGCUACCCCAGAGCCGGAGCAGAAAGAGUCUGUGGAGGCUACCACACCUGCUCCUUUAGGUGAAACUACCCCAAAAGAGGUGGAUGAUCAGAAGAAGGAUGUAUUGAUAGAGGAGAAAGAUGGAAAAGAUGAGAAGGAUGAACAGGGUUGCGAAAAAGAACCAGAGAGUAUUACAGAGCCUUUCGAAGGCCAAUCGUCAACCUCGGUACCUGAACCAAGACCUAAGCAGGCCAGCAAGUACGAUAAGCUGCCGGUGAAGAUCGUGCCCAAAGAUGACUUUUUGGAAGACAUUUCGGAUGAGCUUGGCUACAUGCAGGAGUUCACUAGCGGAUUACUUCACUGGAAAGCAGGAGGCGGGGACUCCACGAGCCACAUCGAGACUCACUUUGAGAGUCGGGAAGAGUGUACCGAUAAAAAGGUUCAAUAUGGCUGCUCUUUAAAAUCCGAGGAGGUCGAGAACGGAUGCGCUGCUUGUGCAACUAUAGAUGAUGUGCUGUGCUCCAGAGUGAGUGAAGUCUCUGAGGAAGAAAACUCUUCUACCACGUUGAACGAGGAUGCAUCGUACCCAUUUCGUCUUCACAAGAAUCCAAAGGGAAUCACGUUACUGGAGGAUGAGCCCCGCUGUCCGGACGAGGCUCCGUUGUCGACAGCAGCCGGCUGGCAGGACUCUCUGUCCAAGCGUUGCAUAUGCGUCUCCAACAUCAUUCGAAGUCUGUCCUUCAUCCCUGGAAAUGAUACAGAGAUGUCUAGGCAUCCAGGCCUGGUGCUUGUUCUUGGUCGACUGCUCCUGUUGCAUCAUGAGCAUCCAGAGCGGAAGAGGAGCGUCCCGACCUACGAGAAGGAGAAAGAGGAGUUCCCUAAAGAGGAGCAAGGUCUGGCUUGCAGCAGAGAUGAAUGGUGGUGGGACUGUUUGACAGCUUUAAGGGAAAACGCUAUGGUCACGUUGGCCAACAUUGCUGGGCAGUUAGACCUUUCUGUGUAUCCUGAGAGUAUCUGCCUUCCCAUCUUGGACGGUCUACUCCACUGGAUGGUGUGUCCAUCAGCGGAGGCCCAGGAUCCUUUCCCUUCAGCUGGAUCCCAUUCGCAGCUUAGCCCCAGAAGGUUAGUGCUGGAGUGUUUGUGUAAACUCAGCGUUCAGGACGGAAACGUCGACUUGAUUCUGGCCACACCCCCCUUCACCCGGCAGGAGAAGCUCUUCGCCACGCUGGUGCGGCAGCUGGGAGAGCGAAAGCAGCAAGUUUACAGAGAGAUGGCAGUGGUCAUUCUGUCCUGUCUGGCCAGAGGAGACUGCUCUGCAGCUCGAGGCAUCGCUGUGCAAAGGAGCAGCAUUGGUAAUCUCAUAGGCUUCCUCGAGGACGGCAUUGCCAUGACUCAAUACCACCAGAACCCGCACAGCCUCAUCCACAUAGGGCAUUCUCCCAUGGACCAGCCCAGUGUAAACAUGAUGUGUCGAGCUGCCAAAGCACUUCUAGAACUGGCCAAGGUGGAGGAGAACAGGCCGGAGUUCGUGCUUUAUGAAAGCAGGCUACUGGACCUCGCUGUUUCCACUGUGCUCAAUACUAAUGUGGUGGCCCUUGUCUGUGAAGUACUCUUUCACCUCGGGAAGUCAUGACAGAAGGGGGAAGGAACUGUACUCUAGAACCCUCACAAAGAACUCUAACCACACAAAUCACAGAUGAGGCACUUUUAUAUUUAUAUUUAAACAAAAAAAAAAGGCUGGUUUAUAUAUGAUUCUAUGAUUCUAUGAAAUAAAAAUCUAUAUGUAUAGCUUCCGUGCCCAAUUAACAUGUUCAUUUGGGGGUUUUAGAAAAUGAUUUUAAUACAGGUAUUUAAUAUCGCUGUUUGAAUGUUUGUCUCUUGUUUAUUGUUAUUAUUAUUAUUAUAAUUUUUUGUUUGUUUUCGAUUUAGUUACCAAAAAUUAAUAUCUGACUUUUGGUUCAGAGGAUGUUUUUUUUCUCCCGCUCUUUUUAAACUUUUGGAUUUUUAUAAAAUGUACAUGACCAGUGUUUGUGUGUUUGUUUUUGAAAGCAGAUUUAUUUAAGAUUUGAAAAUAAUAAUAUUGUAGUAAAGCCUCUCUUGCUUUUGCUGAUUUUGUUAUAUCCGCCUAAAAAAAAAAAAGAAUGAAUUGUGCAAUAUUAUGGUGCAAACUGCCUGAUCAAGGCACAUCAAGGAUAGAUGUGAUUAUUAUUUUUUCCAUAUUUAUAAAUGCAAAUAAUAACGUGUUUUGCCAGAGGGUGGCAGUAUUGUAUCAGUUAUUAACAAAAGAUUAUAGACUGACUGACUCAAGACUGGCUCUUUUUUUUUGUUUGUUAGUUUUUUUUAUUAUUUGCCUCCUCAAUGCCAUAUCCGUUGCAGUCAUUAACAAUGGAUGUAUGUAUUAAGCACUUAUUUUACAUUAUUUCCAUUUUUUAACCUCAAGGUACUGCUGUGUAUAGAGAAUGUUGUUUUCUGUUGUUGCUGUUGUUGUUUUGUUUGUUUUAUUCUUAUCAUUUCAGUUUUGUUUUCACAAACGUUGUAACUACAAAGUGAUUGUAGUUUGUAAAGCUGAAAUUACUGUUCUCGUUGUUACAUCUAUGAUAAUUAUUGGUAUGAAUAUUUUGUUAUGGGGUGCGGUUUUCGAGCGAGGGUAGUGACUACAGUAUGUUCUGUCUGUAUAAAGUUUCUGUACGCUCUGUAUAGUAGCUGACCACUGAUCAGGCUUUGGUAAUCAUGUGUUGAAGUGCCAUGGUCAGCAUAUUACAUGUUAAUAUUACAUGGAUAACACGGACAUGGACAGCUAAUGCAAAAUCGUUUUUUUUAUUCUCCUGGGAUCCAAAUGAGCAUAUUUGUUAUCCAAGAUCAUGUAGUUCAAAAUAAAUGAUGUUGAGCAAAAUCUGCAAAAAAAAAAACGACUGGAAAAUGAGAACUAAACAAUGAUUCUAUGUUUUUUUUAAAACAGCUGGAAAUUAGUGAUGAUAAAAUAAUGAUGAUGAAAAUGAUGUGCAUAACUGUCUUAGGUACUAUAAGAUUAUACAUAUUUCCUUACUAAUGAUUGAUUGACAUCACGGUUUAUGCAUGCAGAUUGUUUUUUUCUUAAAGAUCAGAAACUAAUCAGAUUUUGACUUAAAUAUAAAUUACACUGAUUAGCCAUAACAAUCUGAUUUGACAAAUUGAUUUUUUGGAAGCAGGAGAAAUUAGCCAGUGUAAGAAUUUGAACCUGUCUAAAAAAAAAUCUAAAAACACAAAGGAUUUUUUUUUCUGUCAUUUAUUUGUACUUAAUUAUUUCAGGAUAAUUACCUUUUGAUUCU